CACUUUUCUAAUGCCAACAAUUUGUAUCUAAUAACACUGCAGUAGUGUGCAAAAAAAUUAACAAAAAUGUGUGGUCGAGCUUGUUGUUCAUUGGAUCCAGACACUUUGUGUUAUGCGUGUGGAUAUAAAGAUGCCAAUGGUAAACAACAGGAACUGACAUGGGCUAAAACUGAAUUAAAAUAUACUCCAUCAUUUAAUAUGGGCCCACAAGAUGUUUUGCCUUGUAUGGUAUCUGGUUCACAUUUUGAAGGAGAAAAAGAAAGAGUCCUUUGUGCCAUGAUAUGGGGAAUGAUACCACCUUGGCAUAAGGGAGAUUACAAGAAACGGUCAGAUAAAUUAUCCACCCAUAAUGGUCGUCUGGAAAGUAUACAAACCUCAAAACUAUACUCUACAUCGCUACGAAAUCGACAAAGAUGCAUUGUAAUCUGUGAGGGUUUCUAUGAGUGGAAAGCUGGUAUAAAUAACAAAUCUCCAAAGCAACCGUAUUAUAUAUAUGCAACUCAAGAUAAAAGUAUAAAAGCAGAUGAUCCUACAACAUGGGGUAAUGAAUUUACCGAGCUAGAUGGAUGGAAAGGUUUCAAAGUAUUGAAAUUGGCUGGAAUAUUUGGAACAUUUGAAACUGAAGAGGGGAAAAUCAUACAUAGCUGCACAAUUAUUACAAGAGAGAGUAACAAGGUUUUGUCCUGGCUGCAUCAUCGCAUGCCAGUAUAUCUGAACGAUGAAGAAGAAUGUCAAGCAUGGUUAAAUAACGAUCUGCCAACAGAUGUAGUGAUUAAAGGAUUAAAUAACAUGAUAUUACCAGAACAAGCUUUAAGUUGGCAUUCAGUAUCCACGAUUGUCAAUAAUGUACUUCAUAAAACUGCUGAUUGUAGAAAAGAGAUAAAACCACAAGAAGAGAAAAAAGAUAGUAGACAAUCUUUUAUGGAUUCUUGGCUGCUAAAAGGAUCAACUACUUUAAAUAAAAGAAAAAGUACAGAUACUAAUAAAAAUACAAACAAUGAGGAAGACGAAAAAAAGGCCUCAAAGAUUCAGAAGAAAAAUUAAAAUUUGUACAAAUUGGGGCGCAUUUUUAAUUUGCGCGGAGCACAUAUUUGCUGUUAAUUAUUUAUAUAUAUAGAAUAAUUUAUUGUAUUCUCUCAGUAUUUUUUUAAGAUGUACUAUAUCCCGCCAAUGUGCUCUUAAAAGUGUUGAAUGCAGAUAUCUUGUUGCAGGUAUCUUAAAAAGGACAAGAUAUACUGUAAAUAUGUGACAUUUAUAUGUAUAUAUAUUAAUUAUUAAUUUAAUUAUAUUUUU